CUGAGUACAUACAAUCGAAAAAGGUUUCUAACAUUGUAUUAUCGUCAUUUGAGACUUCGUCUCGAGAAACUACUUGCAACAGAGUAUUUGCCACGGACCUUUCAUCAAGAAUGAGCCCAUUUUCAAACUUCUCCCUCUUCCCAAGGUCGCACUCCUCACAAGCCAAUGUCGAGCCUUGCUCUCCAGCUUCACACUGGCGAAGUACAGGCUUCUGGUCUAUAUCAUCAUCCUUAUCAUCUUCGUCAGGUUCAUCAGGUUCAUCCGAACGCUCCUACAACGAAGUGACUAAGAUCGCCGGUCGCCACAUCGACAAAAGAAAGCUGCAAGAGCUUCUGCAAGACCGAUUCGGGGAUGAAUACAGGCUGCAGUUAAAGAAUAACAAUUAUCGAUUACAUGCCGAUGGACAACUGAGUGAAGCAGAAAUAUUAAGUUGUUGCUGAACUAUUUUCCGGGAUCAUUGUGUUGCCCUUAGGCCUGUCCCUCCAUUGAGCUGCGGUUCGUUUGCUUUCUUAGUUUCUUUUCAAUCAACUUCUACUUCUUCUCUAUUUGUAUUACCAAGAUUGUCAACCGUGGUGGAUGAGGUUUUGUGCUAGGUAGUAGGACACAAUCGUGCCAACAGGUAUCGGGAAAUUGCAACUCAAGGAAAUUUCUUUGUAUUAAGUGCUCAUGUAAUAGUAUCUUGGUCAGGAACUCUGCAGUCAUUCACUUUAAUCAGGACAAUAAAGAAGGCCUUACACAUGGAGGGUCAUGGGCAUCGGGUCAUAGACUCCGCCAUCACCGACUGUAUGCUGGGAGACGAUUGAGUGGAGAGGAGAUUUUGAGUUGUUGCUAAACUAGUAUCUUGGAGUGUGUUGCUAUCACAAAGCGAGGUAGCAAGUGGAAGACUUGUAUGGUAGAAAGUGGCUUGAUU